CCUUCCUAUUUCGUUCGUUCGGCUUUGUUCCUUCGCACGAGCGUAUAAUUUUUCACUGAGUUCUUCUUCCUCGCCGUUCGACUUUUCUCCUUCGACGAUAUUACCUUUCUGUUCUGUUGGAUCGGAAGUUACGACAUUUUUUUUGAUCUGAAGCAACAACGGGAGCUCGCUUGCUGUGAAGGUAACUUUCUCCCUUUCGCGCGCUUCUUCGACCAAAUCCCGUAAAUCCGCCGAACCAAAGGAUUUCGUAAAUCCGGGAUUUACCACGAAAAGAGGGAAUUUUCCGUCCACCGCGGCUUUGAUUUACCGUGAGAUUUGAUUUUGCAUUUUAGGCCGUUUGGCUGGAUUUCGCCCAAAUCCGGCCUAAAUCCGCAUACCAAACAGCCCCUAACCGUUUGGUAGGAUUUACGACAAAUCCGGCGAAUCCCGCUUCCAAACAGCCCCAAGACGCUCACCAGCGGGAGCCAAACCCUCAAUAAUUUGCCUUCAUUUGCAAGCGAGCAGUGCCAAAUAUCCCUAGUCGCUCACUAGCGAGAGCCAAACCCUCGUUUGCUCUAGUAAUCGGCGUGACUGAUGGAGGUGGUCGAGAGAGCCGAGACAGCCGUCCACUCGCCGGCCCUCCUGGACGGCGAGGACGUGAACGAUUGGAGCAAAGAGGACGAGGAUUCUGUAGAAGAGGCUACGUUACCUGCCGCUCCGAUCGUCGUCGAAUCUGAGAGGGUGGAUUCACCGCCUCUUGAGCCCGCUCAGCACUUCCAUGAGGAGGUAGAAUCAAACCUCCAGGAGUUGCAAUUGGAGAAAAAAGAGGUGAAAUUGCUCGGACAUGAGGAACUUCAAGAUCCUGGGGAAAAAGAAGAAGAGAAAAAGCGGCAUUUGAAUGUCGUUUUCAUUGGGCAUGUUGAUGCUGGUAAGUCAACAACUGGAGGGCAGUUACUUCUCCUCAGUGGUCAGGUUGAUGAUCGAACCAUUCAGAAGUAUGAGAAGGAGGCAAAGGAAAAAAACCGAGAGAGCUGGUACAUGGCUUAUAUUAUGGACACUAAUGAGGAAGAACGUAUAAAGGGAAAAACUGUGGAGGUUGGAAGAGCACAUUUUGAAACAGAAAAUACGAGAUUUACAAUUUUAGAUGCUCCAGGACAUAAAAGCUAUGUGCCAAACAUGAUCAGUGGUGCAUCUCAAGCUGACGUUGGAGUUCUAGUCAUAUCCGCACGGAAAGGUGAAUUUGAAACUGGAUAUGAGAAGGGAGGGCAGACCCGUGAGCAUGUUCAACUUGCAAAAACACUGGGUGUUUCAAAGUUGGUUGUGGUUGUAAAUAAAAUGGAUGAACCUACGGUGAAUUGGGCUAAAGAAAGAUAUGAUGAGAUAGAAACAAAGAUGAUUCCUUUCCUCAAGUCAUCGGGUUAUAAUGCUAGGAAAGAUGUUCAUUUUCUCCCUAUAUCUGGUUUGGUGGGAAUCAAUAUGGCAAGCAGAGUGGAUAAGAAAGUUUGUAGUUGGUGGGAUGGGCCAUGUCUUUUUGAAGUUUUGGAUUCUAUUGAAAUUCCAUUAAGAGAUCCUAAAGGGCCUAUUAGGAUGCCAAUUAUUGAUAAAUACAAGGACAUGGGAACUGUAUUGAUGGGAAAGAUUGAGUCUGGAACCAUACAAGAGGGUGAUAGCUUAUUGGUCAUGCCAAAUAAAGCCAAUGUCAAAGUGCUUGCCAUAUUCUGUGAUGAAAAAAAGACAAGACGGGCUGGGCCCGGUGAAAAUGUCAGGGUGAAAGUGUCUGGAGUAGAAGAAGAAGACAUAUUGUCUGGUUUUGUACUUUCAAGUGUCGUUAAUCCAGUUAAUGCAGUUUUUGAAUUUAAUGCUCAGCUGCAAAUUCUAGAGCUUCUCGAUAACGCUAUAUUCACUGCUGGUUACAAAGCAAUACUGCACAUCCAUUCCAUUGUCGAGGAGUCGGAGAUUGUCGAGCUUAUAGAGGAAAUUGAUGUGAAGAAGAAGAAAGAUGCGGAUCCAAAGAAAAGAAAGCCCAAGAGGAAACCUCUCUUUGUUAAGAACGGUGCUGUUGUUGUUUGCAGAGUACAGGUAAACAACUUGAUAUGCAUUGAGAAUUUCGCAGAUUUUCCACAGCUGGGGCGGUUCACUCUUCGUACUGAAGGUAAAACUAUUGCGGUAGGGAAAGUUGUAGCCCUUCCAGCUCCCGGGAAUUCGACAUUUGCUUAAAGUUAACCUGGAGGAUCUCUCCCCGGUUGAAGAACAGUACUUGAAUCAGCAGAAGGCUGCAACUUUCCGGAUGUAAUGUUAGUGUUACUAUCAUUAUUUAUCAUUUGGAUUCUUUGUGCCUCCAUGGUUAAUAUAUGAGAAGCAAACUUGAACCAAGAGAGUUCUGAUUUUCUUGCGAAGCGACAGUUGCACUGUGUGAGUGCCUGGGCUCCUUUAAGCUAUUCGUAGAGAUUUCAGAUAUAUCCAUAAUGUAGGUUUGGGAAUGGCAUCGCCAGCAAUAUUUCUUGCAUGUAUGUAAUUUUAUUUAUGAUUUUUUAAGGCGAAUUUUGUGAUCUAAAUCUCGAGUGAAUGCAAAUGUGAUUUUGGACUUUUUUUUAAUGAAACUUUAUGAUAUUUAUGACAGUUUGAAACUUUGAGAUGAUAAUUGGAAAUGCCUUUCUAUA